AGUAUCAGUCCACUCCAACCCAAGACACUGUUUCCAAGCUCCAUAGAUAUCUCUAUUCUGUAGAAACCCAAAGAGAAAAAGACUGAAACAUCGAAUAAAUAAUGUACAUGCAGAACUAUAGAAGCCUGUAGGACAAAGUUAAAAACAUUACCUCGAAACGAGCAGAUACAACAUCUGAAUGUUGUAGGUAGGCUGGCCGAUUCAUAGUACGAAUGCAAGUUUCCGCAGAUCACAUAAGCACAAAUAGGUAUACCUAGUUCGGUAGUUGCAUUAUAACCAUUCAAUACACUCCGGCCAGCACACAAGCUGCAUCCCCUCAGGAAAGCAAAAAAAGAACACAAGCUGCAGACUCUGAUAGCCACUGAAGCUACGAAGUACGAACGCCUCUAGUUCCAUAUCCACGGCUUUUUGAUCCGUCCGACGCACCACCCACACGCCCCAACCAAAACAGCUGCAGCCAAGAAGGACCCUCGCCAGCUGCAGUCAGGCGAGCAAGGGAUCAACCAGCCAAGUCCGACGGCGGCGGCCAUGGCGUUAGCAGCUAACACCCAUGGAAGAGUCUGCACCCUCUCCUCCAGGCCACCUACACCUUUCAGCAGGAGGAGAGCGGGGAUGAGGAUGAAGACGGCGGGCGGUCCGGCGGUGCCGCGGAAUACUCUCCGACUCCCUCCGAUAUGAUUUGCGAAGCUUUUGCCACCGGCUACGACGAGGAUGAGGUGGCGGGGAUGGUGGAGGCGAUGGUCCCCUCAGAGGAUCCGGCGAGGUCCGGUCUGCCGCCCGGCGAGAACAUGGAGGUGCUCCGGCGGGUGGUUCAUCGGAGGACGGCUGCGUCUGCUCUUCGGCCAUGGAAGGGGCCUAUUCCCAAGGUUAUUUUCCGAGCCACGGCCGUGAUCCGUUCAUGGUCGCUACUCACUCCGAUGGAGGCCAGGGAGCAUUUGGUUACUGGAUCUAUCCGCUGGGAGAUGGUAGCUCGGGAUAUCUUCAACCGGUUUGGAUGGCGGUCAUGUAAUAGGAUAGGAAAUUAGUUUACCUAUCUAUCUUUAGCCAGCCGGUUGUGGCGUCUUAUCUUGGCUAGGCUGUGUGGCCAGCCUCUUUAGCUCUGUGUGAGCUGUCUUUUUAUUACUUUCAGUUGGAGACUUUGGAACCUUGUUGGAACCUUUUAUUUCUUUAAUAAGAUGGCCGUAUGCAUCACUCUGAUGCAGAGGCCGGGGAGAUCCCCCUGUUCGAAAAAAA